UCUCCAAAAAUUAAUCAUGCAAUUAGAUCUAUCAGAGCCCAUCAUCAUCCACCUGCAAAUUUUCUCUAUCUCCUUUCAGCCAGCCCGUCAAGGGACUACGUCAGUGUUCCAUCUCCCAUCUCUAUCCAUAACUUAUCCACAACCUGGUUUACACAAAGCAUCGUUUCGUUUCAUCGAUCGAGCAGAUGGAGAGCUCAGCUAUGGAUGAUGCGGUGGUUAUGUUUCCGUCACCGGCCAUAGGCCACUUCAUAUCUAUGGUAGAGCUUGGCAAGCUCAUUCUUACCUUCCAACCUUCUCUUUCCAUUCACAUACUCAUUGUCUCCGCCCCUUACAGUGCAGGCUCCACUGCCUCCUAUAUUGCUGAUGUCGCUGCCACCACUCCCUCAAUCUCCUUCCACCGUCUUCCCACCAUUACCCUCCCUUCCUCCACCAACACACACUAUGAAACUCUCAUCUUUGAAGUCCUCCGUCUCAGCAAUCCUCAUGUCCACCAAGCCCUUCUCUCCAUCUCCAAAACCUACAAAAUUAAAGCCUUCAUUAUGGAUUUCUUCUGCUUUUUUUCUCUAUCCAUUGCCUCUCAACUUAACAUCCCGGGCUAUUUCUUCUUCACUUCUGGUGCUGGGUGUCUUGCUGCUUCCAUGUAUUUUCCGACCCUUCAUCAGACCACCACCAAAAGUUUCAAAGACAUGAACACCUUUCUUAAUUUGCCGGGUAUCCCACCAAUAUCUUCCUCCAAUUUUUCAUCGGCAGUAAGUGAUCGCAACAAUAAAGCCUACGAAUAUUUUCUAGACAUGGCCUACUGCUUUCCAAAAUCAGCAGGAGUUAUAGUGAACACCUUUGCAGUGCUGGAAGCCAGAGCUCUCAAGGCAAUAUCAGAUGGACUCUGCAUACCUGAUAGUACAACACCACCUGUUUAUUGUACUGGCCCACUCAUUGUGACCAACAAUCAAACAGAUGGUGACACUGAGUGUUUAAACUGGCUUGAGUCGCAACUGAGUCAAAGUGUUAUCUUUCUGUGUUUUGGAAGCUUGGGGCUGUUCUCAAUGGAACAACUGAGAGAAAUAGCUAGUGGGUUGGAGAGAAGUGGCCAAAGAUUCUUGUGGGUAGUGCGUAAUCCACCUUCUGAUAGCCAAAGUUUAGACAUCUCAGCUCUGCCAGAACCAGAUUUGAACUCAUUGCUUCCUGAUGGUUUUUUGGAUCGCACCAAGGAGAAGGGAUUGGUGGUGAAAUCAUGGGCUCCCCAGGUGGCAGUAUUGAAUCAUAAGUCGGUAGGCGGGUUUGUGACUCACUGUGGAUGGAACUCGGUGCUUGAAGCCGUGAGUGCUGGAGUUCCGAUGGUGGCUUGGCCUCUAUAUGCAGAGCAAAAGUUCAAUAGGUUGAUGUUGGUUGAAGAAAUGAAAAUUGCUUUGCCCAUGAAGGAAGACGAGAAGGGGUUUGUAACUGGGUUGGAGGUGGAGAAGGGAGUUAAUGAGUUGAUGCAGUCAGAUUCAGGUAAAUCGGUUAGGGAGCGAACCAUUGCUAUGAAAAACGCAGCAAAGGCAGCACUGAGUGAGGGUGGAUCUUCGCGUGUUGCAAUGUCUAGACUCGUCGAGUCAUGGAAGCAUUAACAGUUGAGUCAGGUCGUACAUCAACCAUGAAAUGUCCUAGUAGAACUAUCAAUAAAGAUUAUCUUGAGAAUUAUAG